GGCACCGAGAGCAGGAGCCGGAGGAGCGGAGGGAAGGACGGUGUGGAGGACAGUCACCGCAUCCCCCCAUCUCCCGUCGUCCAUGUUCGAGGGCUCUGUGACGCUGUGGUGGAGGCUGAUUUGGUAGAGGCACUUGACAAGUUCGGCAACAUCUGCUACGUGAUGAUGAUGCCCUUCAAGCGUCAGGCUCUGGUGGAGUUCGACAGCGUGGAGAGCGCCGAGCGUUGCGUGUUGUGUGGAGGGCGCGAGGCCGUCUACAUCGCCGAGCAGCAGGCGUUCUUCAACUUCUCCACCAGCCAGAGGAUCACCAGACCCACCAACGCCGACGACCCCACCAGCGGCAACAAGGUCCUGCUGCUGUCCAUCCAGAACCCGCUGUACCCCAUCACCACCGAUGUGCUGUACACCGUCUGUAACCCCGUCAGUAACGUCCUGCGCAUCGUCAUCUUCAAACGCAACGGCAUCCAGGCCAUGGUGGAAUUUGAGUCAGUAGAGGACGCUCAGAAGGCCAAACUGGCUCUGAACGGCGCUGACAUCUACGCCGGCUGCUGCACACUCAAGAUCGAAUACGCUCGGCCCAACAGACUGAACGUCGUCCGAAAUGACAACAGCAGCUGGGAUUACAGCAAACCCUUCCUCCUGCACCGAGAGCGGGGGAAGGGGAGGCAGCGUCAGGCCAUCCUGGGAGAGCAUCCAUCCAACGGCUACGGCCCACACUGCCCCCUGCUGCCCCUCCCCUCUAACAGCAGGUACAGGAGGAGCAGUGAGGAGGUGCAGGACCUGAUCUCCUACCCGCUGCUCCUCCCUAAGAACGCCUCUUCCUCCUCCUCCUCUUCCUCUUCCUCCUUCCUGGGCCACGCUGCCUCGAGUGCCGUCGCCAUGGUGAGCGGCCUCCACCCCGCCAAGAUGAACUGCAGUCGCAUCUUCAACCUUUUCUGUCUCUAUGGCAACGUGGAGAAGGUGAAGUUCAUGAAGAGCGUUCCCGGUACGGCGUUGGUGGAGAUGGGUGACGAGUACGCCGUGGACCGAGCCGUGACGCACCUCAACAGCAUCAAGGUGUUCGGCAAAAAGCUCAAUGUCUGCGUGUCCAAGCAGCACGCGGUGAUUCCCAGUCAGGUGUUCGAACUGGCCGACAGCAGCAGCAGCUACCAGGACUUCAGUCUGACCAGGAACAACCGAUUCAGCAGCACACACAGCGGCAGGAACAUCAUCCAGCCACCCGCUACCGUCCUGCACUUCUACAACGCCCCGCCCACCCUCACUCAACACCAGCUGCACAAGCUCUGUACUGAACACAACGUUCCCGCCUUCAGCAAGUUCAAAGUCUUUGACGCCAAACCCAGCUCAAAGACUCUGUCGGGCUUGUUGGAGUUUGACAGUAAAACUGAAGCGGUGGAGGCUCUGACCGUCCUUAACCAUCAUCAGAUCAGAAUACCCAACAGCUCCAACCCCUUCACCCUGAAACUCUGUUUCUCCACCUCCUCCCACCUGUGACCCACAAACAAGAUGGCUGCCACAGUCACCCAGAGAGGAAACGUGUUUGUUACAAAAAGAGAAAGAGAUGAACGGAGGAUUUCAGUUUUGUGUGUCGACUCAUCGUGCAGCAGGGAGAUGGAGUCAUGACGAAGCAUUUUUUUUAAGAAGAGCAGCACCUUAAUGACUCGUGGCAGUUUGAUGAGCCUUUUCCUGAAUGAUGUCGGCGGUCUGAGAGGAAAAUCCUUCUGCUCCGACGUGUGAACACAAGUCUUCUUCCAGCUGAACACUUUCAUUCAAUCAAGCAUGACAAAUCAAAAUCAAUAAAUGACUUUAUCCUCUACAAACGACCCUUUCGUAUCCUCAAGUUAAAACUGUAACUAUCAACAGACACAAAUAAAACUGAAUUUUAGAGGCUGAAAUAUUUGUUGUUGUAACAAAACUCAGGGAGGAAUCAUUACAAACUGUAAACCAAUCAGAUAUCAGCCAGGAAGAGAGACAUGUUGUUUAGAGAUUUUUAUUUAAAUCCUAAAACAUCUUUAUUGUUUUAAUAUGUCAUUGCCUUUGUUUGGUUCUGCAGAAAUAUGGAUUUAUUUUAAGUAUUUAUUUUAUUUCAUAGUUAGUAAUGCUUUAGAUUACGGCCUACAAUGUGCAGUGGAGUGCACCAGUACAUACAUGAAGGUGCAGGGGAAUAAGAGGGUAGCAACGUGGGAAUUUAAGAAUAUUUUUAGACUGUAGACAUUUAAAGAAUGAGUAUUUAUUCAGUUAUUACAGGACACAGUGUGACCAUUACAUCAUAUAAAUCUGCUGUGAUUUCUUUCAAAACACUGGAAAGAGGACAGCUAAACUACAUAGUUCUUAAAGCUCCAUAUUUUCUUCUUCUUUGUUUUAUAUGAAGUGUUGAUCCAUAAGAAGAUAUAUUUCUGGUU